UUUUGAGUUAAAAGAAUUGAUUAAUUAAUUAAUAUGAAGCCCAAAAGUCCACGCAUGCGUCAAACGCAAUUGACUGGCCUGACCAACCAAUCGCCACGUGCUCGGGCUCCAUACACCAAGUCCCUGAUUCCGGGCACAUCGCAAAAGCGUCGCAGCUUCGCGCCGCGCAGCAACCAAAAUAAGAACAAUGGCCCCUUUGACAAAAAGAAAAACGAGCAGCUGCCUGCCAAGCACCCACCUGCUGGACUGCUGACACCGUCAUCGUCAGACACCUCGCUGACCAGCACUGUUGCCCGCCGCGGACAGCGCAGCUGCACGGUCAUGCCCAAGGUCAUGAGUCUGCUCAAGGAGCCCAAACCAGUGGCUCCCAUUCUAACGCUGAAGCGCCAGCAGACGGCAGCCAUGAUCAACUAUCGGGCACGCAAGUCCGUCUCCCAAAUGGACAUCAAGGAGGCCCGUCGCACAGGCCAGUAUCAGCUGGUGGCCCAUGUGCCCUCCGCGGGCAGCAAGGACAACCAGACAGUGGCUGCCGCUGGCCUGGAUGCGAGCAUGUCCAAGUUGCUGUUGCAGGAUGCCGCACAGAUGUCUGACGUACCCAAGGGACGUGUGAGCUUUGUGGUCAGCAGCGAUCAGGAUGCACGCGUGGCCAGCCUGAAGAUUUUCAACACAAUUAUGCUGCACGCCUGGCGCAAGCGUCGCGAGAGCGUACGUCAAAUCACACAGCAAUUGGAGGAUCAAAAGAAGAUUCUACUGAAAACCCGCAACCAGCUCCACCUCUACACCUCUCUGUUCUCCGUGGAGCAGCGUCGCAAUGGCACUCUCUCUGAUCAGCUGCGGCAAUCAUAUCGCGAGGCUGCAGAUACCAAGCUCUCCUACGAGGAGCUGCACCUGCAGCUGGAGAAGAUCAAAAGCGAGAAGCAGCAACUGUGCGACGAGCUGAAAGAAAAGAAUAAAGAGAUUAAGAUCCUUAAAGAGGUGCAGGACACCUUGAACGGCGAUCUCUUUUAUGCCAAUGCCGACAAGGAAGUGCAAAUGCUACAAAUUGCACAGCUACAUCGCAACCUUCAAAAGAGUUUGGACAUCCAGCGGGAGCAGGCUGCCAGCUUGGAGCUGGCUAAGAUCGAGACAGUCCGCACAAUGAAGGUCAUCGAAGAAAUAUACAAGGAAAUGGAUAACACAAAAAAGCUUCAAGCCGCAUCCGAGGAGAAGUACAACAAACUGCUGGAGCACGCCAACCAACUGGAGCUCUGUGCUCAGCAGAUGAAGGACCAGGUGGAUUUGCUUCAGAGCUGCCUGGCUGCCACCAUGGGGCAGCGUAUACGCCAGUGCCUCAUCCAAAGAGAGGUCUACCAGCAGGCCACCUUCCGCGUGCUACACUUUGUGGCCGACUAUGUGCUACCCGGCCAUGCACCGCCGCCAUCCAUUCCACAGGCAGUCAGAAUGAUCAAGGAACGCUUCUUCUCAAAGCUGUCUGCAGAGGAGAAGGUAGAUCCUAAGGAUGAAAAAUCACUGAAGGAAUUCCUAAAUGAAUCGGAGGAAAAUAAGGAGUCAUCCAAAUAAUAUUAAUAUUUAUUU